AUGCAAGAUCCUAAAAUCAAGCCGAAGAAGAUGAUAAACAUCGAAGCUGACUGCGUUAAAGCAGUGAACACGUACAUGCAAGUUAAAGCUGAGUCGAACAAUUUUAUCAAGAAAUUUCCAGAAUGGGAUACGCUACCAAAAACGCUUGACAACGAAUUAAUAAUAGCUAUUCGCGAGCGAGAUGCCGCAAAAACCCGCCUGGAAAUCAAGCGCAAAGAAAAAAAAGCGUUUGACCGGGAGAUGAAGGAAAAGUGGAAAGAUCUAGAGCAGAAACUUAAAGAACUGCGAGAAGAAGAGUUGAGACACGAACAGUUUUCUUUGGAAAACGAAUUGAAAUGCGAAAUACUUACGAGGAAGACAAACGAAGACAACGAAGAAACGAAACGCUACGAACAGCAAACCGUACCGAUGCAACAAUCAAUAUUAAAGCUCGAAGAGGCCGCCGAUGGGAUGCAACGUAGCGUGGAUGAGUUAAAGCCGUUCGAAGAUUUUCUCGAAAAAGUAGUGGAGGAGUCGAAAGAGUUUAGAAACAUAGAUGACGUUAUAAAGAGAUACGAAAACUUGACCAACAUACGGAAGGAAUUGGCUCAAAAACACGAAAAGAAGACUGCGGAUUUGAAACGAUUGACGACGGACGUGUUCAGACGUUCAAAGGAAACGAGCGAAGAAGCUGAGCACGUGUCUGUCGAAAUGGCCGAUGUUGUCGAAUCGUUGGGAAAACUGAAAGACGAGAUGAUCAAGACCGACCUGGCUUAUCGCAAGAUUGAAAAUGUGGCUAAAGAAAAGAAAAUUGAGGGUGACUUGGUGGCCGCAUCUGUGUGGAAUAUCUAUAAGCAAAUGUGUCGACGCGUAAAAAAAUCUGUGCCUAACAAAAUACCGGACAUAGAAACUCAAUUGGCGUUCAUUGCCGAGGAAUACCAACAGUUGGCUAAAGUAUUGAACAUGGCUGAGAAAAUCAAAGAAAAAACCAACAAAAGGGAGAUUCUGAGAAAUUGA